AUGUUUUGUCGUCAUCCUGGCUCCGUCUUAGGACAGAUCAGCAGGGCCGAGGUCGCCUUCCUCGACGAGUGGUGCGAGCCUCUCUCCAUGCGCGAGGACGACGGCGGCGACGCGCAGCGGCGCGGCCCGCCGCCCCCCCGCGAGGGCGCCGCGCCCGGCGGCGCCCCCGCGGGCGGGCCGGAAGAGGCCCUGCCGGCGCUGCCGAGCGGUGGGCCGCGGGCGCCGGCCUCUGCGGAGCUGCGCCGCGGCCUGCCCGCGUGGUGGGUGGCGGGGCCGGGCCGUGGCUGGAGCACCCCGAGGGCCGCCCGCCCGUGGCCGGAGGAGAGCACGAGCCCCGCCGCCAGGCUGGAGGCCCCCCAGCUCCUCUCGCUCAUCGGCUGGUCCGAGGCCGGCGAGUGGGCCUCGGCGCUGGGCUCGGGCCCGCAGGGCAAGCUCGCCGCCCUCCUGGGCCCGCGGCCCGCGUCCGAGCCGCUGCCGGCGUCGCCGCAGCGGGGCGCGCCCUUUCACGGCGGCGGCGCCGCGGUGGGCGCGGGCGGGCCCUCCGGCGGCCUGGCCCGCCAGGUGGCUCGCCGGGCGAGGGCCCCGCAGACGGCGCCCGCCCGCUGCGCGAGGGAGCUGGCCAGCGGAGCCUGGCAGCCCAGGGCAGCGUCGGCGGCGCCGCGGGGAGCCGCAGCCGCGGAGGAGUGGUCGCGGUGCUCAGCUGGCGGGGCCUCGCAGGCGCAGGCCGCUCGCGCGCGGUCGCCGCUGCUCGUGGCCGGGGGUCGACUCCCCCUACCGCGUGCCAGUGGUGUCUCCUCUGAGCCCUCCCUCAAGGGGCGAGCCGCGCGGGGGCGCCUCGGGCCGCAGAUCUUUGGGCUCGGCCCGAUGCCUACCUGGGCGGGGCUCGACGCCGACCUCUGCUGGCAAAACCAGCGGCUACGCGGAGGUGUAUGCCAAAAUGGUGGGCCGAGUAGACGCCCAGAUCAUUGUCGAUGUGCCGAGACUUCUUCCUGGCGCGUGCACCCUCCGAUUCUCGAGCUG